AUGAACCGGCCAGAUGCCGAUGCCUUGCACGAGGAGGAGAUUCAGUAUGGCUCCAGCGGUGUGGCCAAGCAGGAGUUGGACGACAAAUUCCCAAACCGACCGCAUAAUCAUUCCAAGACCUUCGCCUUCCACGAGCUCUUCCUCGAGCUCUUCAACCCUCUCAACGAGAACAAGAAGCGACCGCCGGGUGGCCCGGCUCGCAGAAAAGGUCCCCAGCACAGCCUCUCUCCCCAGGAGCAGCGGCGGCACAUCAUCGACCGCUUCAUCACCCGCUGGCGGAAGGAAGUCGGCGGCGACUUCUACCCUGCCCUGCGCUUGAUCCUCCCGGACAAGGAUGGCGACCGCGGCGUCUACGGCCUCAAGGAGAACGCGAUAGGCAAGCUUCUCGUCAAGCUCAUGAAGAUUGACAAAAAUUCCGACGACGGCUACAGCCUGCUGCACUGGAAGAUUCCGGGACAGACCAUGGCCUCCCGCCUCGCCGGCGACUUUGCCGGCCGUUGCUUCGAGGUCCUCUCCAAGAGGCCGAUGAGGACCGACGUCAGCGACAUGACCGUGGCCGAGGUCAACGAGCAGUUGGACAAGCUCUCUGCCUCGACGGGCGAGGCCGAGAACCUGGCCAUCUUCGAGACCUUUUACCGUCGCAUGAACGCCGAGGAGAUGAUGUGGCUCAUACGCAUCAUCCUCAAGCAGCUCAAGGUGGGCGCGACGGAAAAGACGCUCCUGCACCUGUGGCACCCCGACGGCGAGGCCUUGUUCAGCGUAUCGUCGAGCCUGCGGCGCGUCUGCUGGGAGCUCCACGACCCCGAGCUGCGUCUCGAGCAGGCCGAGGCGGCCAUGUCGCUCAUGCAGUGCUUCCAGCCGCAGCUCGCCCAGUUUCAAAUGCCCGCGACGUUCCAAAAAAUGAUUCAUCUCCUGCGCGUCACCGAGGACGAUGCCGAGUACUGGAUCGAGGAGAAGCUGGACGGGGAGCGCAUGCAGAUGCACAUGGUCGAGGACCCCGACCACCCCGGCGGGAGCCGCUUUCGCUUCUGGUCGAGAAAGGCCAAGGAUUACACCUACUUGUACGGCGACGGAUUCCUCGACGCCGAUUCGGCCUUGACGCGCCACCUGCGAGGUGCCUUUGCCGCGGGAGUCCGCAACCUCAUUCUCGACGGCGAGAUGAUCACCUGGGACAUGGCCGUCGACAAGAUCGUACCCUUUGGCACCCUCAAGACGGCGGCGCUCGCCGAGCGUCAGAAUCAGUCGAGGUCGGACGCCGCGGGCCAGCGUCCCGUCUUCCGCGUCUUCGACAUCCUGUACCUAAACGACAAGCAGCUGACGCAGUACACGCUGCGAGACCGCCGGCACGCGCUCGAGAGGGCCGUCAUGCCCGUCAGCAGACGGCUCGAGAUUCACGAGUACACGGCGGCGACGUCGGCCGACGCCAUCGAGCCCAUGCUGCGCGACGUCGUCGCCAACGCCUCCGAGGGCCUCGUGCUCAAGAACCCGCGCUCCAUGUACCGGCUCAACAGCCGCAACGACGACUGGCUCAAGGUCAAGCCCGAGUACAUGUCCGAGUUUGGCGAGUCGCUCGACUGCCUCGUCAUCGGCGGCUACUACGGCUCGGGCAAGCGCGGCGGCACGCUGUCGAGCUACCUCUGCGGCCUCCGCGUCACGCCGAAUCACGUUCGGGCGGGCGCGAACCCGGAAAAGUGCUUCAGCUUCUUCAAGGUCGGCGGCGGCUUCCGCGCCGAGGACUACGCCGAGAUUCGUCACCACACCGAGGGCAGGUGGAUCGACUGGGACGCCAAGAACCCCCCGAGCGAUUACAUCGAGCUCGCCGGGGGCCGGUCGAGGCAGCUCGAGCGGCCCGACGUCUGGAUCCGACCCAAGGACUCGGUCGUCGUGUCCGUCAAGGCCACGAGCGCAGGCCCCUCGGACAGCUUCGCCCGUGGCGUCACCCUCCGCUUCCCGCGCCUCCGACGACUCCGCAUGGACCGCGCCUGGGACUCGGCCCUGACCCUCGACGAGUUUGAGGAGCUCCGGCUGCAGGUGGACGAGGCGACCAAGUCAAAGGCCAUGACGGUCGAGGACCGGAAGCGGCGGAACCCGAAGCGCGUCAAGAGGGAGCUCAUCAUCGCCGGCGAAGAUGGCGCACCGGCCGCCUUGGAGGGUCCCAAGUCCCACCUCUUCGACGGGCAUGCCUUUUGCGUCCUCUCCGAGUCGACGAAACCGUACAAGAGGACAAAGGCCCAGCUCGAGGCUCUGAUCAAGGACAACGGCGGAAGCGUGUCGCAGCGGGCCGGGGAGCGGAUGGUGCUCGUCGGCGACAAAAAGGUGGUCAAGGUGGCGAGCCUCAUCAAGGGGGGCGGCGUCGACAUCAUCCGACCACGAUGGAUCAAGGACUGCCUCGAGACGGCGGACGGCUUUCUCCUUCCGUACGAGGAGCGGCACCUCUUGCACGCGACCGAGGGGACGUGCCUCGCCGCGGCGCGCAGCGUGGAUCGGUACGGCGACAGCUACGCGCGAGACGUGUCGACGGAGGAGCUGGGCGACAUCAUGGGUCACAUGCCUGCGCCGGAGGGCAUCGCGUCGAGCGGCGGCGGACGAGGCUUGCCGUCGCAGCUCGAGGAGCACAUGGCAGGGCAGGACAACCUGAGGGGCUUCAUGUUCCGGCCGUGCGUCGUCCGCUUCUGCGCCGCACGCACCGUCGACCGCUUGGUGACCAGGCUCGCACGAUACGUCAAGUUUGCCGGUGGAAGGGUGGCCGAGGGCGAGGACGAGGACGAGGACGUGACGCACGUCGUCGUAGUUGGCCAGGACGCCGCGGAGGAGGGCACACUCGCGGACAUGAUCCGCGGCAAGCUGGUCAGGUCCAAGUUGCCGAGGAUCGUGUCGGGGACUUGGGUGGAGGACUGCUGGGGAGAAAAGACUCUUUUGGACGAAGAACGGUACGUCGUGCGUGCACGAUAG